ACUACAUGAAAGAGGUAACUUGUGUUAUUGACGUGAUAUUUUGUUUAUUGAAGCGAAGCGACAGUUUGUUUCUACUGGAACUAGAGUGUCUAAAACAAAGGCUAAACAACUGAACACUUUGUUUUAUUAUUCUGUCAAAUAUGCGUCUUAGAGUGCAAGUAAAAUAUGUUACAGAGCACAUAAACUAUUUAGAAGAAAAGAUACACGUCCUGAAACCUGUGGUUGAAGCUUUGCAAGGUGCUGUAGACAAAAGUAAGACUUGGUUAGAAGAUAAAAGUGACAACGAAUCUUUGACAUACUGUGAUCUAUGUCAAGAACUUGAAUCAGCUACCUUGGCCUUGUUGGAUAAAGCGUCUCACAUUUUAGGCGAAAAUAAAGAAAGUGUAGAAGAUGGAAAGUCAUUUUCAUCCCAGUCUACCUCACAAACAACAGCAACAGAAGAACGUGGCCGUAGGCAGUCAACAGAUCAAGUCCUUAACGAACUUUAUAAACCAUCAGAAAUAUUAAGUCGACUUGAGCAGAUAGAGACAGCCAUAUCUUCUCUACAAGACGUCAGUCGACUUGAGCAGAUAGAGACAGCCAUAUCUUCUCUACAAGACGUCAGUCGACUUGAGCAGAUAGAGACAGCCAUAACUUCUCUACAAGACGUCAGUCGACUUGAGCAGAUAGAGACAGCCAUAUCUUCUCUACAAGACGUCAGUCGACUUGAGCAGAUAGAGACCGCCAUAUCUUCUCUACAAGACGUCAGUCGACUUGAGCAGAUAGAGACAGCCAUAUCUUCUCUACAAGACGUCAGUCGACUUGAGCAGAUAGAGACAGCUAUAUCUUCUCUACAAGACGCCAAUGACAAGUCUACAGAUGACAUAUCAGAAAUAAAACAAUGGAGAGACAACUUUGUAACAGAACAGAGUGACAUGGGGGUAAACAUUAAACAACUGACUAAAAAACAAAAACAGAAUUUUAAAAACAUCAGAAAACAAAUGAGUGAACAAGAUAACAAAGUAAAGGAGCUGAACAAAGAAAUUGAAAGUUUAAAAGAAAAAGAAACCAAGUCAAACAAAACACUAGAGAAACUGUCUCUCGAUAAGAAAGAAUAUGAAAACGAAGUGCGCAAAAUAAACAAAGAGAUGCAAGAUAUAAGAGACGGUAUAAAACAAGAAAUUAAAAGCCAUUCUGAUUUGAUUGUUUCUUUACAAGAUGAAAAUAAUAAACUUUUGGCCAAAACAUCAACCCGAUUUAAAAACUUGCAAUUAAAGCACAGUGUGAUGUACAAACUUCUACAACAAAGGUUGAUGCCCAUUGACAAACUGAUUCAAAUCUUUAGCCAGAACAUGGAAAAUAGGGAAGAAAGAUUAAAUACGCUGGGUGAGCUUGAAAAUACUAUUUCAAAGUUGUCUAAUGAUUUUCUUCUCAUAGAGUCACGUGUAUGUAACAGAUAUGCUUGUUUUGUGCAGCUUGCUAGUUCCACACCUAUUGAAGUUGGUGUGAUGGCUGGAGGCAGGUGGUGUACGGAUAUAGACGUGAAAUGUGCCAGAAAUAGCACUGCUGGGUCAGUGGUUGUCGACAUGAAGAAAGGGGAAGAACUUUUCUUUCAAGUGAUUCAAGCAGAUCAAAGCGCAGCAUUAUCCUGCCUCAGUAGUUUUACUAUCCUAUCUGUACACAGUUCCAUCAAUUAA